AUGUUCCUGUUACCGUGUUCCAUAAUCGUCAGCCACUUCACUUGCAAAACCAACUCUGAACCGUACUUGACAUCGACAAUAUUGAGCUUUGGGCUUCUAGUAAGCGCCAUAUCCAAUGUGCUGCACUGUCAACGUUUUCCGGCUAAACCAUUAAGUUACAUAGUCACCACAUCUAUCAUAGCACAUCUCCUGACCCUUUACACCGAUUUAGGUGAGUCUUAAAACUAUUAUUAUUUGAAACAGUUUAUAGAGAUUGUCGAGGAAAAAAUAGAAUAACUAAUCUAUGGCCAUACAUAUCUCUGCUACAUUGGUACAGUAAUCCAAUGACAACUGUCUCUUCCCCCAAUGAAUAUGAAGGGUGCAAAGUGCAUAUUUAAUUUUAAUUUUGAGAUAAUGAUAUGACUAUUCGAUAAUGCGUUGAGAUUAUUAUUGAACAUUGAGUUUGAUUCAAUGAAAAAAGAUUCAGUUAAAUAAUAUUUGAAGAUAAAAUAUAUUGGAUGUGUCUAUGUAACUUAUAAGAAUUUUUACUCUACUAAAUAAUUUUUAAAAAUUACAACCCUUCUUCCAUUAUGCUUUUAAUACGUUCUCUAAAUCUAAUAUCACGAUGUCGUUUUCUGCUACAGGUAUCAGUUAUAAUUUGUCGUGCGCCGUGUUUUGCGCCUUUUCCUAUCACCGACUUUUGAGGAUAGUCGUGUCAUGUUGCCCAUUGAGUUUCACUUACGGCGAAGCCACCGUGACCGUACAGGCGGCACUUCUAUUUAUCAUCGCUUCCAUUACCAACAUGUUGGCCCUGCCUCGUGAGCAAACGUGUUUCGAUGUGUUCACAUUGAUACUCCAGGUCCAUACAAGCUCUUUGUUAUAAUUCCGAUAGUUGAAUAUUUUUUAACUAUACUCACAGUAUCUAUAGCUGAGUUAUUUGUUUAUGUUUCAGUUCGGAAUCAUUGGCGUUUCAGUAUUCGCGUUAGCUGUGUACAAUAUUAAAAGUCUGAGAACGUCGCCGGCUAGGUUUUAUGCGACAUUUACCGCGAUCGUGUCGACUGCGAUUCUAUUGCCACUCCACUUGGUGCUGGGCGGUAGUCCCGUACUCAAAAUCUUACAUUGGGCGUUGAGAGAUCGAUAUUCAGUGAGAACCCCUCUUUUUGACAUAUAUGUAUACUAGAGUGGUUCUUAUUUCGCAAACUUCAAAAUUUCCUGACACUCAUCUAUCUUGUGCCGUAUAAAAAAAAUAUAUUUAAAAAAUUUAUAAAGUUUGAGGCCAUUUAGAUAAUAUUUAUUGAAUAUAUAUAUAUAAUACCAUCUAUAAUAGGUAGUCAAAUGUCAUAAUUUAUUAAAACGAAAAUAUUGCUUAAAUUGUUACUGUGUAUAAGUUAACAGCUAAGUACCAUUACAACACGGAGACACUAUCUUAUAAAUUAAGUUCUAAAUAUUAUAAUUGCUGGAAAAUAAUUUGUGUAACAUAUAAUAUUAGGUUUCUAUUUAAAAAAAAAAGGGUCACUAUGUUAAUAAUUAUUGUCACUAAAUUCAAUUUUUUAUAACCCAAUAGUAGUUAUGAGGCCCGUGAUAGCAAUGUUUCUAAAAGGAAAUUUCACCAGGAAGGUACUUUAAAGAGGUCAUUUUUUGAUUUUCUCAGACGUUUUUCAUUAAAUUUAAAAAACCGAAAAAAAAUAUUUAUUAAUUUAUUUACGAGUAUUAACCAUUUAAUAAUUUUGUUUUUACUUUAUUAUUUUAUUAUUUCUUAUAUUUAUUGUAUAAAUAUAUGUAUUAAACGGUUUUAGUUCAUUUUCAUUAAGUACCUUUUUCAAGCGGGAACACUUCCUUUUUUCGAUACCAUUUGCUUAAAGAUUAGAUUGUUCAAGAGUUUCAGAAAUCAACCGAAACAAAUAUUGCUUUAUAAAAUUACCAACUAUUUCUUUCUUAAAAUAAUUUAUCUUAUAAUAUUAAUGAAGUACAGUCGACUCGCAACUCACGAUAACUCGAAUGUUGAUAAUAGAAAACCUUGACAAUUCAAAUUUUUAUUUUCGCCCCUUUGAAGUUCUCGUAAAAUUCAACGUAUAAGUCUCGAAUAUAUUUGUAAAAUAAUGAUAAAUAACUUAGCUGUAAUAAUAAACUGCUUAAUAAUUUCUUAACACGUUCAACUAACAUAACCCUAUUUAUGUUUUCAUAACAAAAAUUAUAAUUUUUGGAUUAAAAUAGGACCUUAUUUUUAUAUUAAAAAAAUCAAUUCUAAACGAUUUAUUAUGGUCGUUUGUACACUAUUUUCAUUGAUUUUGUGUAAUCUUUUAGAUAUUAAAUAGUAAAACCGUUCGCCGUUCGCCUCUACUAAAUAUUAUAAAAAUUACCUCAAACUUUGAAGAUAUAUUUUUGUUUAUUUUACAGCAUAAAAUAGACUGUUAUCCCAAAAGAAAUUUUGAAAUUGGCGAAAUAAGGACCACCCUACUUGGGCGUAUAUCAUUUUCGCAUUACUAUUGUUCUUUUCGGCCUUUUUCAUUUACGCACCAUUAAAUGGGUCAUACAUAAUUUGCGCAUCAACCUUUUUUUUACAAUGGAAAGUUUAGGAAUACCAAAAAUCGCGAAUUGUUUCCUAACUUUCCGUUAAAUUUACAGUAUUAUUAAUAUUUAAAUUCAUUGAUUAUAAAGAACAUAUUUUCAAAUAUAGGUAUUACAGGUACAGAAGUUAUUUCUAUUUUAAAAAAUAUAAUAUAGGUGCAUAUACCUAUUAUUACUACGAUACCCACAGGUGAGUUGUAAUAACGAAAUCCGACCAGAUAUUAUCGUAUAGUAUAAAUAGAUGUAUUUAAUUGAUAUGAUUAUUAGCAGUCAACGUUUAAUUUUAAAAUAGUGAGAUCAGUUAAAAUUAGGCAAUAUGAUAAGUCAGUAUUAAAAUUUGACAAUUUGUCAAUUGUGGAAAAGCUUCUGUCACUUUUAAAAAAUAUUUGUAUACGGAAAAUAAAACACUAAAAAAUAAGGACGGUUUUUUUUUUUUUUUUUUUACCUAUUGUUCAAUAUAUUGGCGCUCAAAUGAAGUAUAUGUUGACGUGAGGUAAACGGACAGUGCGCAAACCAUAAUAACCGCCGCCUUACAUUAUACCUGUAUAUUAUAUAAAUUAUUGUUAUUUUGCCGAGCGUAAAAAUGUUGAUCGUUUUCGUAUAAACCGUUCGUCAGACGAUGCUGUUGGUUUACUGGGUCGGCUGUUCGGCGUUUGCAGUCGUUUUCGUGUGCGUGCAAAUAUUGAACGACUCCAAAGCCUCCACUUCUAUACGGAAGAAUUUCCAUCUGAUCGCGUGUCUAGUGUACGUCCCUGGGCUGUUCCGCGAUCCUUGUCUGUUGUACUUAGCCAGCGGUGUGGCCUUUGCCGCUUUCAUACUGCUGGAAGUGAGUGUAUAAUAUUAUAAUAUGUACCUAUCUACUUUUUACCACUGUAGUCUAGCGGCUGCGAAAUUACUUUUGUUCGAACUUUCGAAAAGAUAAUUUUUUAAUUUUAGAUUCUGAGCGCACCGAUGAGGAACGCAUUUUACAAGAGAAAGAUUUUUUUUUUUUUGGCAUUUCGGCAGCAUUUUAGUUGACGCAUAGAGGUCACCUUUUGAUUUUCUAAAUAGUUUUCAUGAUAAUUAAGAAAAAAGGAAAUUUAUGGCAGUAUAAAUGUCAUUAUUUUCAACGCAUUCUGUCGAUUUAAGUUAUUAAUAAGCAUUUUUUUUUUUCAGUUAUAAUUUGUAUAUUUAUGUGGAUAGAAUAACAAUUCUGUUGAUCGAACAGAAAUGCAAGACAUUUUAACUUGAGGUUUAGUAUAAGUUGUUAUUAUUAAUCUUUAGUAUUUCCAACGUUAAUAAAACACGGGCAUACUUCGCAUUAUGGGAGGGCCACUGUUGUAGGUGAAAAGUUGGGAAGAUAGGAUGUAGAGGAGAAUUUAAUUUUCGCUACGAUAAACCACUGCUAAUGAAGAACAAUUUAGAGCAAAAUUUAUGUUACAUAAUAUGUAAGUAAAUUUUCCCGUUGUCCCUACCUUUUUUUCCUGGUUAUCUAGAUUAUUAUGAAAACCUCUUGGAAAAUCAAAAAAUAAUUUCUCUAAAGUACCAACUAGAAAAAUGUCUGUUUAGAAAAAAUGCUAAACUUGAUACAUUUGGAGCAAGAUUUCUAGUAUAAGAAAAAAACAAAAAUAAACAUUAUAAAAUCAAUACAUUCUUCGCUACGCUCCAAAUCUAAAAUUAACUUGUUGGACAAUCUGUUGGUUAGGCUUCAAUUCAAUUAGUCAAAUAAUCAAAAUCGACUUUUACAAUAUUGUUUGAAAAUAUCUCUUCAUCACCCUGUAGGACAUAUAUUGUUUACCGUUUUAAUGUAUAUUAACGUUUAUGUAGUCACCUAGUUAGACAAACUAAUUGGCAACUUUAUUUUUUCACUGUUUCUGCAGACUUGUCGUAUUGCAAAAAUGCCGCCUCUAGGUACAAUCUUACAGCGAGGUUUUCACGUAUACUCAGACGAGAAGGACGAAGGACCGGUUGCUUUCACUCCGAUCUACUUGUUGGUCGGGUGCUCUCUGCCCCUGUGGAUCCAUCCGCGGCCUGAUUCCCGGAGCCUGUUGCCACUAUUGGCCGGCGUGCUGUCCAUCGGCAUUGGAGACACUGCCGCCAGCGUGAUCGGUUCCAGAUUCGGUCGACACAAAUGGACAGGUGCGUAUUUAUGGGAUUGCGUAGAAGCAAUUUCAUUUAAUUUUUUGGAAAAACCAAAAUUCGUCAAUUCAAAAUUAUUUAAAGUAAAUUUUUGUCAUUAUCUCAAAAAUUAGGGUGACAAAAAAUAAUACAAUUAUGAAAUUGUAGAGCAGCUUGUUUCUUAAAUGUUCUAAAUAUAAAUUCUGGAAAAAGUUAAUAUUUUCCAAGAUAAUGAGUGUACCCACUUAAUUGAUUCGCCUGGUACUUAAAGUUAAUAAUGUUUAAUUUUAGAUUCUGAGUGGAGCGAAGAAGCUUAAGAUUUUACGAUGUUAUUUUUUUUUUAAUUUUCCCAGAAUUUUUAUUAACAAAUGGGAAAAACUGGGAUAAUGUAAAAAAUAUAGGUAUUAUUAAAAAUAUUACGGCCCCCUUUUUUCCUGUGAACAACUUUUCUACAAGCAAUUUGACUUUAAUUUCCAAUGAUAGCAAUUUUUCUGAAAGGAAAUUCGACAGGAAAUAUACUUUAAACCGGUCAUUUUUUGAUUUUCUCACGAGUUCUCAUCAAAUGUGAAAAACCGGAAAAUAUAAUAAAAGUAACCACGUUAAGAUGAUGAUCGGUCGCACAAGAAAGAUUAGCCUAUUUCAACACCGCGACCUCCUCACGUUCCAUAAUGAAAACAAACAUUACUUAUGCAGCUUACCCAUUAAUUGUAUACACCGUGUGCGUAAUAUACGUUUUAUUAUUAAUUUUUUUUUCUUCAACAUAUGCAUUGAUUGGUAACACCAUGCACGUAGUAUACGUUCUAUUAUUAUUAUUAUUUUUUUUAAUAAACCAAUAGUAAGUAUUGUAUGAAUUUUAUUCAACUACUGAACUACCGUAAUAUUAUAAAUUAAUCAAUACUUAUGUAAUGUUGUUAUUUUGUGUACAGCUGUAUAAGUGGGUGUUUUGAACAGGUCAGUUGUCAUAUUACAUUUAUAUAAUCUGAAGAUCUGAUUGAUGUAAAACCAAAAUAUAUAACCACAAUUAAUAAAUUUAUUUAUUUAAUAUAUAUAUUAUAUUUAUUAUACGUAUAAUUUUUUUUGAUGGGUUUUCUAUAUGUGGGCUUUUUUUUCUAUGAGUUUUUUUUCCAUGAUAAUUUUUUCCUAGAUUCAUUUAAAUCAUAUUAACACACAAAAAAAAAAACAGAAAAAGUGAUCAAGUUGGUAUCCUCCAAAGUGAAAUUAGAGAUAAAUCAUCUUUUUACAACAAAAUAGUUAGAAGACAUUAUUUCUAAGAGAACCUUGUAUGUAUUUUGCUUUACUUAAUUAAAGUAUAAAGAAAAAAUUGUAUAUAUUUAACCUUUCCAACUAUAGGUUACCCCUAUUUACAUUUCAUAUUGUAAUACACUUGAAAUUACUUUACAGGUAUGAAAAAAAGCAUUGAAGGUUCUGCUGCUUGUUUCAUUUCUCAAGCUCUGUGUAUCGUUGCCCUCAGUUACACAGGUAUAUAAGUAUAAUUGUAUUAAUCUAAAUAUUUAGACAGUGUCAUACCUAGAGAAAUCAGAACCCAGUGCCAUACAAAUUUACCGAUGAAUAAAAAAAAAAAAAGCUCAACCUGUCUAUUGAAAUUAAAUAAAUAACCAAAAAUAUUUACAAUUUUUUUUCAUAGGUUUAUUGUGCGAUAUCAAUCUUUUAAAAUCUCUGUUUGGGGCCUGUUGUGUGACUCUUGUCGAAGCAAAAACUGAACAAGUAGAUAAUCUAGCAUUGCCUCUUUUGUUUUAUACAAUGCUAUUAUUUUAA